AUGGUUUUCAGCACGAUAGUAGUUACAUCGGCCUUGAAGGGUGCCCUGGGACUAAUGGGCACAAGCCUGUGGCUGAUUCCUUUGUUGAUAGCAGGCCUGUCCUAUUACCGUUACGAUCAAUUGGAUCCGGAAAGUCGGCCCAUCGACAGAUACCCUUUGCACCCGGAAUACGACUUCAUCGUGGUGGGAGGAGGAUCAUCGGGGGCGGUAGUCGCCAGCAGACUUUCGGAAAUUCCGAAUUGGAAUGUGUUGUUGCUCGAGGCCGGUCCAGAUGAGAACGAGGUAACCGACGUACCCUCGUUGGCGGCUUACUUGCAAUUAACGAAACUAGACUGGAAAUACAAGACCGAACCAACCGGGAGAGCUUGCCUGGCGAUGAAAGGUGGUCGAUGCAACUGGCCUCGUGGCAAAGUUCUGGGUGGAUCCAGUGUCCUGAACUACAUGCUCUACGUUCGCGGGAACCGACACGAUUACGAUCACUGGGAAUCGCUGGGUAAUCCUGGUUGGGGAUUCGACCAGGCGUUGUACUACUUCAAAAAGUCCGAGGACAAUCGGAAUCCCUAUCUUCAGAAGAGUCCUUACCAUUCCACAGGUGGCUACCUGACGGUACAGGAAUCGCCGUGGAAGACACCUCUGGUGGUGGCUUUCGUUCAAGCUGGUGUCGAGAUUGGGUACGAGAACAGGGACAUAAACGGGGAACGUCAGACGGGAUUCAUGAUAGCCCAGGGCACCAUUCGCCGAGGUAGCAGAUGCUCCACGGCGAAAGCGUUUCUUCGUCCUGUUAGGCUGCGACGGAACAUUCACACGGCUAUGAACUCUCACGUCACCAGGGUCUUAAUCGAUCCUAUAACAAUGCGAGCAACUGGCGUGGAAUUCGUUCGAGAUGGCCGCAGGCAGAUCGUCCGAGCGCGAAAGGAAGUGAUUCUUGCGGCCGGUGCGAUCAACAGUCCUCAGAUCCUGAUGCUCUCCGGUAUAGGCCCCAAAGACCAUUUGCAACACGUUGGUAUUCCGGUGAUAAAGGAUCUGCCGGUCGGUGAGAACCUUCAGGAUCACGUUGGAAUGGGUGGCUUGACGUUCCUCAUCGAUAAACCCGUGGCUAUAGUGCAGGACCGCUUCCAGGCCGCUCCAGUAACGAUGCACUACGUGGCUAAUGGCAGGGGUCCGAUGACAACCCUUGGCGGCGUCGAGGGCUUUGCCUUUGUCAACACAAAAUACGCGAAUCAAUCGAUGGAUUAUCCGGAUAUUCAGUUCCACAUGGCACCCGCGUCGAUAAACUCCGACGCGGGGAUUCAAGUCAGAAAGGUUCUCGGCAUCACCGACGAGGUUUACAACACCGUCUACAGGCCUAUAGCGAAUAAAGACGCCUGGACCAUAAUGCCUCUUCUUUUAAGGCCCAGAUCGCGUGGUACAGUUCGAUUGCGGAGUUCCAAUCCUUUUCACAGCCCACUGAUCAACGCAAACUACUUUUCCGAUCCUUUGGACAUCGCUACUCUCGUCGAAGGUGCUAAACUCGCUGUGCGCGUCAGCGAGGCGAAGGUUUUCAAACAAUUCGGGUCGAGGAUGCAUCGCGUCAAGCUGCCAGGCUGCAAACAUCUGAAGUUCGCCACGGACGCUUACUGGGAGUGUCAUAUUCGUCAUAUCUCCAUGACGAUCUAUCAUCCUGUUGGAACCACGAAAAUGGGACCACCCGACGAUCCAGAAGCUGUCGUCGACUCGAGACUGAGAGUCUACGGUAUAGGAGGACUGAGAGUGAUUGACGCUUCUAUUAUGCCGAGGAUUUCCAGCGGAAACACAAACGCCCCGGUCAUUAUGAUCGGUGAGAAGGGCGCGGAUCUUAUAAAAAACGAUUGGUUGACUUUCGAGACCAGGAAACUCUGA